CAGCAGUCUCUCAGGUUAUGUGCUGAUAACUUGCUGAAUGCACGUGAAUUCCAAAUGAAUAACCGAAAUGCUUUUACAACAACUCAUCAACGGAAGACAACAUUCUGAUUUUAUUUUAAUCGAAGUGAUAUCAGCCCACAGUUCACUCAAUACUUCACCAUCGGUCCUAGUUGACAACAAACAUAAACUGCUCAAAAAUGAAUAGGGAUAUUUAUAAUUAUGAUCUACAGGGACAAGAAUUUAUAAAACAGUUCGUAAAUGAAAAUGUGAACAGAAGAAACAGGGUGCUUUUUUUCGCAUAUGAAAAUAGUUAUUAUUCCUACCUCAAAGAUGUGGAGGGCUGUAAGCUUUUCUCAUUUUAUCAUUGUCUCCAAGACCCGUGGAACUGGCUGAAUAAAUCAGGUGACAAUGGGAUUACACUGGAUCCCAAAAUGUUAGAAUCCAAGUUGGAGAACGGGUUCACAAAUCUGAUUGUCGUUGAUUCAUUGUUGUAUACUUUGUUGAAUUGGUCUUUUAGCGAUUUAUGUAAGAAAUUGAGGAGCAUCAUUGACAUGAACAAUGAAAAUCGAAGGGUUCAGGUGAUCAGCACUUAUCACAAAGAUCAUUAUAGCGAAGAAAGUAGCGAAAUUAAACAGCUCAGGACAUUAGCUCGCAGUAUUAUUAAAUUAAAACACACUCCAAAAGGUACAAGAGCCGAUGUCACCCAUAAAAAGUAUUCUGGGAAAAUUUCAUACGAGAGCUAUUGUUGUUCUUAUAAAUCCAAUGGUACGCUGGAAUAUUCAAAGGUGAAACAAGAGGAAAAAGAAUCCUCUGGGCUGGACCCAACAAAGCUGACUACGUUCAAACUCUCCCUCGAAGACAAUGAGAAAGAGACGCGAAGCCAAGUAGUUCUUCCUUAUUUGAAAACAACACAAGCUCCUAAAGGAGCAAUUUUCUAUGAGCCUGAUAACAAUGAUGAUUGGGAUGAUGAAGAUCCAGAUGAUGAUCUGGAAAUCUAAUAUAAUGAUGAUUCUGUACAUAAAUGAUUUUUGUAACAUAAAAAAUAAAUUAAAUCAUUUUAAUUGAAUACUG